UCUUUUCUUCUAUCAAAUUCAAAUACCACAUCUAUAUAUAUGUAUGUAUAUAUAUCUAUACAUAUAUAUGAUCAUGGGAUCUAAAAUACUUCCAAUAGUUUCUUUCACUAUCAUUAUCAUCAUCUCUCAUAUUUCUAGUUCAGCUGCUUUUGGGCACUUCCAUCGCGCGAUGAUCGAUCAACCGUUUGGUUUUGUUGAACGUCUUCAAGGAUUUCACAUGGGUGAGAAGAACAAAAAGAUCCACCAGCUCAAAGAAUAUCUUGAACAAUUUGGUUAUAUGAACAAGAAAGGUUCAGUAUCCUUGGACAGUAAUAGUUUUGAUGGUGAUUUAGAAUCUGCCAUUAAAACCUACCAACUUAAUUACCGUUUAGAUCCUACCGGGACAUUAGAUUCUGAAACAGUUGAGACAAUGAUAAAACCUCGAUGUGGGGUUCCAGAUAUCAUCAAUGGCACUAACAGAAUGCAGAAUGGCAAUAUAAGCCCUAGCUCUAGCCCUAGCCCUAGUCCUAGCUCUAGCCCUAAUUCUUUCCAUACAGUUUCUCACUAUGCUUUCUUCCCAGGAACCCCUAAAUGGGAAGCUUCUAAGUAUCAUCUCACUUACGAGUUUGGUCCUCAAACCCCACCUAUAGCCAUCGAGGUUAUCUCACAGGCCUUCCAAACUUGGGCUAACAAUUCACAUUUCACAUUUGAAAGGGGUACUGAUAUAACAACAGCAGAUAUAAAAAUAAGGUUUCGUAAACGCGACCAUGGAGAUGGGAUUCCUUUCGAUGGGCGCGGUGGGAUUCUUGCUCAUGCUUAUUCGCCACAAGAUGGGCGGUUUCACUUUGAUGCAGAAGAGAAUUGGGUUACUGGUGCAAGAGAAGGUGCAUAUGACUUGGGAACCGUCGCUUUGCAUGAAAUCGGACAUCUUCUUGGACUUGAACAUAGUUCAGUUGAAGAGGCUAUUAUGUAUCCAACUAUUCCUUCUGGAGCGACCAAAGGUUUACAUAAGGAUGACAUUGAUGGCAUUCAAGCUUUGUAUAAAGCUUGAUUUUUCUUUUUCUUUAUUAGUUUUUUCCUUUUUCACUUUGUAUUGCAUUGAUUCGUAUUGAAAAUAGACUAUAACGAUAGAGUUAAAAUAAUUAAAUAAGGUGAUAUCUGUGUAAUGUAAGAGAACAUUUAUAUACAAUAAUAUUGACAGCUAUAAAUUAUUUUCA